AUGCGCAUGGUAGAUACCAUGCAGUGCCCCAUAAAUGCUCCCCUCCCUGUUCCUCAUGAGUGGAAUCAGCCUGGAGACCUCCUCAUUGGUGGGAUUGCAUCUCAGAUCAUUUACAUUUUCCCUGAAGUUGACUUCAAGAAACACCCUUCUCAGGAGCUGUUUGACUCUCCAUUGGCAGUGACAAAGUUGUACCAGCAUGUCUUGGCCUUGGCAUUUGCUGUCAAGGAGAUCAAUGAGAAUCCUAAACUUUUGCCCAAUGUCACUCUGGGAUUCCACAUCUGUGACAGCUACUACGAUGCCAGGAUGACUUACAGUACCACCAUGGGCCUGCUCUUCAAAUCACAUACAUUUGUUGCCAAUUACAAAUGUGACACCCAGAAGAACCUCAUAGCCAUUAUCGGAGGCCUCAGUGCAGAUAUCUCCUUCCUCAUGUCAGAUGUAUUAAGUCUUUAUAAAAUUCCACAGCUCCACCCAUUUCUUCAAGGAAUUUUGUUUAACAACUCAGCUGGAGAAACAAUCUCAUUUAAUGACGAUGGGGAAAUGGUAGCUGGACUUGAUAUAACAAACAUGGUUAUAUUCCCAAAUAAUUCCUUCCGUAGAGUGAAAGUUGGCAAGAUGGAUCCCAAAGCUCCUGACGGAAAAGAACUCGUAAUUAAUGAGGAUACAAUUGUGUGGCCCAGGCAUUUUAACCAGGUACUGCCCAUCUCAUUGUGUACUAAUCCCUGCCCUGCUGGUCAUCAAAAGAAAAAGAAGGAAGGGGAGAAAUUUUGCUGCUACGAUUGUACUCCAUGCCCAGAAGGGAAGAUUUCAAACAAGAAGGACAUGGUUGACUGUUUCAAGUGCCCAGAAGAUCAAUAUCCAAGUAAGAACAAAAAUGAAUGCAUCCCCAAAGUGAUAACUUUUCUGUCCUAUGAAGAACCUUUAGGAAUCGGUUUAGCCUCAGUUGCUGUUUCCUUCUCAUUUCUCACAACCUUAGUGCUACACAUUUUUAUUAAACACAGAAAUACUCCCAUCGUCAAAGCCAACAACCAGGACCUCACCUAUGCCCUCCUCAUCUCCCUCCUGCUCUGUUUCCUCUCUUCUUUGCUAUUCCUUGGACGGCCUGGGAAAGUGACCUGCCUUCUCCAACAAUCUGCUUUUGGCAUCAUCUUCUCAGUGGCUAUUUCUUGUGUGUUGGCCAAAACCAUUACUGUUGUUGUUGCUUUCAUGGCCACCAAACCAGGGUCCAACAUGAGGAAGUGGGUAGGGAAAAGACUGGCCCUCUCCAUUGUCUUUUCCUGCUCCCACAUUCAAGCAAUCAUUUGCGCUGUGGGGCUAGCAAUCUCUCCCCCCUUCCCAGAUUUUGACACACAGUCUCUGACUCAAGAGAUUAUAUCAAAAUGUAAUGAAGGCUCUGUCAUCAUGUUUUAUCUUGUCCUGGGCUACAUGGGGCUUCUGGCCAUCAUCAGCUUCACUGUGGCAUUCCUGGCCAGGAAGUUGCCAAACACUUUCAAUGAAGCCAAGUUCAUCACCUUCAGCAUGUUGAUGUUUUGCAGUGUUUGGUUGUCCUUUGUCCCGACCUACCUGAGCACGAAGGGGAAAUAUAUGGUGGCUGUGGAGAUCUUCUCCAUCUUGGCCUCCAGUGCUGGGUUACUGGGCUGCAUCUUUGCCCCAAAAUGCUAUAUUAUUUUGCUGAGGCCUGAGCUGAACAACAAGGAGCAGCUUACAAGAAGAAAGGAUUUAAGAAUCUAA